UUUUAUGGCAGAUUCAGGCACUUCUUGGACAUCAUACCCACGCACUCUCUUUGUUACUGAGAGUCGCCUGAAGGAAGCUGUGCAGUUGCUGGAGGAUUACAAGCAUGGGACUUUGCCCCCAGGAGUCACCAACAAGGAGCUGUGGGGAGCUCAAAAAAUAAAGCAGGCCAUCAUCCAUCCUGACACAAACGAGACCAUCUUCAUGCCUUUCAGAAUGUCAGGUUACAUUCCCUUUGGAACACCCAUUGUUGUUGGUCUUCUUCUGCCCAACCAGACGAUAGCAUCCACUGUGUUUUGGCAGUGGUUGAAUCAGAGCCACAAUGCGUGCGUCAACUAUGCAAACCGCAAUGCGACAAAGCCUUCUCCGACGUCCAAGUUCAUCCAGGGCUACUUGGGAGCUGUCAUAAGUGCUGUCUCAAUAGCAGUGGGCCUUAAUGUUCUGGUACAGAGAGCAAACAAGUUUACCCCCGCCACUCGUCUCUUGAUCCAGAGGUUUGUGCCAUUCCCCGCUGUUGCCAGUGCCAAUAUCUGCAACGUUGUCCUGAUGAGGCACACGGAGCUGGAAGAAGGAAUUGAUGUUUUGGACAAUAAUGGAAACAUCGUCGGCUCUUCCAGAAUUGCUGCAAAACAUGCACUGCUUGAAACAGCCCUGACUAGAGUGGUCCUGCCGAUGCCUAUACUGGUUCUACCUCCAAUUAUUAUGUCCAUACUGGAAAAGACAUCGCUCCUGAGGUCCCGUCCCCGGAUGGUUCUCCCAGUCCAAAGCCUUGUGUGCCUCGCUGCCUUUGGCCUGGCCCUUCCCUUGGCCAUCAGUCUCUUCCCACAGAUGUCCGAGAUCGAGACGUCUCGCCUGGAGCCGGAGAUCGCCAUGGCCACCCCCAGUAAGACCGUCAUCUACAACAAGGGGUUGUAAGUGGGAGCUGCAGACCCCUCCACCCAGAAGGUCUGGGCAGAGAGAGGGGGAAACGUGAGAUGUCGACUGGGAGAGAACGCAGCAGCGAGACGACACAAAUCCUAGAGCUCAGCGAUAGUCCUGCUGCUCCCAGAGAGCGGGAGUGGGGUAACACUGCUGGAGAACUGACACCUCUCACACCACUCGACAGAACUAACAUUAAAAGUCUUAACUUAGCAUCAGCCAGAAACUACAUUCAAACACACUUUAGACCACUAGCAGAGGAAUGAUCUCUAAACUUCUAGCACUGCAUGGAGGGAAGUUUACGGGAUGGUUACAUGGCUGUACCUAACGACACGGCAGUAGGCUUCACCCAGCCAAUUUUGUUUUCGAUGCAAAUUAAAUCACAGCACUGACACUGCACAAAA